CCGAAUAACUUGGAUAUGUUUGGACAUGGAAGAUAAUUAUGAUUCAACUUUUAAAUGGGAAAUGUCAUAGUCCUGCAGAAAAUACUCUAUAACUUGUGAAAUGCAAUAGUUUUAUCUGACACAGGUUGUUUAAAGAGUAUUCUUAUUGGUUGUUGUUAACUGCAAGAUAAAAGACAAUGGCGAGUUCACAAGAGUCUCUGUUUUCUUUGGAACUUGUGGUUGAAAAACUUUACUUGCCUUAUGUGACCUGUAGGUUUCCCGCUGUUGCAUUUAGACUACUUGAUUUUCCUACCAUACUUAUAAGCCAUGUGGAAAAAGAGCUAUCAGACAGCAUCAAAGCUAAGAUUAAUAGAGAUCCAUACUACAGACUCCCAAACCAGUUUGCUGAAUUACAAGAUAAACAAGGAAAUUUUAUGUUAAAAAAAGGAAAAUCUUGUCUUUUUAAAAUAUCACUAGACACACUAGCUAUGCAUUUAUCAAAUACUCCAUUAUAUAUAAUGGUUAUUGAUGAGUACCCGGAUGUACCAAAAUUGCUAGGAAACAGCUCGCUCGCAUUGAAUGAAGUUAUUGACUUUAUUAAAACUGACAUAAGAAAGAAUGGGCAUACUGUACCUUCAGUACAUGGUGACAAAGGACUUUUCAAAAUCUACAGUCUGAUGGGGAAAGAGAUAGGCUACAUGAUCCUAGGAUUCAGGUUAUUAAGUUUAGGCCCCGGGUUAAUAGCACACUUACCGGCCACUGCUUUAGUUAAAAGAGCAUCUGAAAGGAAUAAAGGUGAAGUACAACAAUCUGUGAUAGAUGAAAUAAUGGAAAUCAAAGAAGAAGAGGUAGUGCAAGCUGUUGCUAAACCUAUUCAAAGUCAAAAACCUGUCAAUAAGCAGAGAGAAAAUCUUAACAGCACUAGAGAAAUGGGUUCAAUGACAGAUGUUGAAAAGCGUGAUGCAUUAAUGCAAACAGUUGAGAUGGAAAAUGAAAAAUUCCAUGUUGAAGUUUCAGCUAAGGUUGAAACAAAGUCAUCCAAAACAAUAGAAACACAAACUGAGAGGCGACAUAAAGUUCUACCUAAAAGGACGGAAGAAUUUCAGAUUCAAGCAGAGGAUAGUGAUGAAGAUGAUGGCAUUUUAAUCAACCCAAAUAUUAAUUGCCCUCCUCCACUAUUUUAUAAUAGUAAAGCUGAACCUGAUGUACAGAUAGAUAGAGAUGUAAAUGCUUACUUGGGCUACUCAAGCACAUUUGAUGAUGCUACAUUAGAAGAUUUAUCUGGUGAUGAACAUUUUGAAAAAGUUGAAUCAAAUGAAGCAAAAAUGAAAGAAAAAGAUGUUAUUCCUACAUCGAAUAUUGUUAAGGAAGCUCCUAAGCUAAAGGAUGCAAAGACUAUUGUAAUAAGCAAUAUUAAAAAUGCUGAUCAGUCAAGUCAACAAGGGAAUGUUCCAGGUCUGAAUAUGGCAGAACCAGUGUUUCCAUUACUAACUGCCCUAUUGACAGAGUUGUCUAAGAUACAGAAUCCUCAGUUUGUAAAUCAGGCCAUGCAACAAGUGAAUCAAGUGAGAAAUAUUGCUGAACCUGUCCAAAAAACAUCCCAAGCCCCAGUUAAAGUGUUAAAAAGUAAGUCAGAAGAAAAUAUCUAUGAUAUACCAGAGGUGGAUGAGAAUAUAUCCAAUGUUUCAAAUAAAAAGAAGGGAAAAAAAAUUAAGUCAGCUGCCCGUCCAUCAGAGAAUGUUACAAAAAACAAAGGUUGGAUAAGAAAAGCACCUGAAGCUGGCAUUAAGAAAACAAAACUGGUCUUUGGUUUAACUAAUACGCAAAGACUGAGGCUUGCCAAACAAAAUCCGACUUGGUUGCAAUCUGCUGAGCAAGAGGAGAAAGCUUCAAAAGCUCUAAAGCAGCAACAAAAAGUUGCUAAAACUCUGAAAGAACCAGACUUUGAAGGUGAUACAGGAAACUUAUCUGAUACAUAUACUGAAGUCAGGAGACUAGCAGCUGCUGAACUUGCUAAGGCAACACUAGGGAAGAGUCAGCUGAUGACAGAGGACCCGAGGGUGAAGAAGUCGAAAAAGAAAUUGAGUAAAUCACGUGAUAACUCUCCAGUUAAAGGAAAGCAGUCAAGAAGUAAAUCACCAAAGGGCAGAAAGCCAAAGGACCUGAAGGGGACUGUACAAGUUCGAGAGGAUACUGAUAUUGAUAGUGAAGGUAGGGACCAAGCUGUGCAUCUUGAUUCUGAUGCUAGAGAAAUUGCCUCCCCAGAUAUGGCACCAGGUGACAAACUGGACUCUGCUGCUGAUAGUGUACCAAGUUCAAGAUUAGAGGUUCAUAUUCCAAGUGCCCGAGCCAAUGAGAGUGAUGAUGAUGAAAACACAUUUAGUGAUAGCUUUGAGGAAGAAACCGCCACAGAUAGAAAAGAGAAGAAAUACAUGUUCCCAGGGUUUAAUGAAGGCGAUGAGACCUUACCGGAAUCUAUUGCAAGAGAUGGUAAAUCUUCUAUGAAUACUACAAUUGAUGAUGACUCUCCAUUAGAGUCUACCAGAAUGUCAAAACAAUUUAAACGGGACCCAUACACCGGAGAGUCAUUAUUUAAAUCUACGGAAGACUAUGACACAAAACAGUUCCAUUCAACCGAUGAACCGGAACUACAGAAACUGAUCAGCGAAGAUGAGAAAACAGACACUCUACCUACACCAGCUACAGAUAGAUCAGUGCGAUCACCAAGUCCUGCAUUAACUAACACUAACACAGGCUUACUUUCAAUGAAGUUUGAGGUAUUAAACCCAAAGGCAUCAAAGCAGUCACCUCUUCCUGCUGUUAGACGGUCACAGCAGCUUAGAGUCGACAGUAUGAAUGCUCGUCCCACUCCGACAGAUACUCCGAGGUCAAGGUCAUCACAAGGUAGCCCUAAAAAUCCAUCACCUCGACCAAGAAAGCAUUUGCGAGAAAGAAGACUUGAGUUCAAGAAGGAAUCUAUCCACACUGAAUCUGUUAGCUCGUAUGUGCCUUCAGAGUCGGAAAAUAUUUUGUCUUUAAUAAGUGAUGGCAGUUAUUCAGAUGAUUUUCAUAUGAGUAGUGAAAAAGAUGAGAGUAGUAAGAUUUCCAUCCCAGAACUACCUCGAAUGAUACCCUCUACAAAAUUAGGGUUUACAAUCGCUUAAAGACUGAGAUUUAACAUUAUAAGAAAUUUACAUUUUAAAUGUGAAAUGGGCCUUAUAUUUAUGGAGGAAGAUAGAAACAUGAAAACUUUACAUAUUGUUAGUUGCUAUAGUUAAAUGAAUUCUUUUGUUUUUAGUUGUUGUAGAUUUUUUAAACAGAAUGAAACAAGUUUAAGAUCAAGCUCGGAGAAUUUGAUUUUUGUAUCUUAGAUUAUUAUAUUUUCUGUUAUUUAGACAUGUUAUAAACUCAAUUUUAUGGUCCUAAAGAUUGAUUUUAAAAAAUGUACCUCUCAGCUGUAGCAUAUUUAUUUUAAGAUUAUUUUUGUUAUAAUAGACAAAUUGCUUGCCAAGUCUGAUACAGGUUUUGCAGCUGUGUACAAGUCUAAUAGAAUUAAGUAUUGUUCUCAACAAUGUAUAAUGACCUCUUUAUUUCACACCACCAUCUUUUGACAUUUUACAGAACUUUGUUACUUCAUGGAUAAUAAAAAUAGUUUAUUAAUUAUAUAAAUUUUUAGAAUGAAAAUAAUGAUAGAUGGAGUAUGAUAUGCAUUUGAUAUAGAUAUUUUGCACUGAAAAUGAAGCUAUAAUGGGUAUGUUAUGCAUUUGAUACAGAUUGUUUGGACUGUAGAAAUGGAUACCAGGCUUUGGUUGGAUCCAGUCAUGAAUUAUACUGGAAUAUCACUUGGUUUAUAUGCUUUAAGUUCAUUGGUCAAUAUUUUAUAAGGUGUGAAAUAAUGAUUCCAGAUCAGUAACCUGAUAGAAAUAUAUCUCUCUUCAUGGAAACUUGAUGAAUAUUUUCCGUCUCUUUUCAUGUCUGUGAUAUUUGAAUCAUUGUAUAGAAUUUGCACUAAUAUUAACCAUUAAGUUACCUGAAGAUACACAUAUUUCUUUUCAGAGAAAUUUAGUGAAGGAUUCAUAUUUGUAUACUCUUUAUUCUAAGUCUGUGAUAUUUGAAUAUUAUUUAUUGAAUUUGUUUGUACAUGUUAAUGAACUUGUUCUCUAUAGUGAUUUAUUAAUACAAUGAUUGUGGUGUUUUUCUAUGUAGAAAAUAUUACUGCAUAGCCAUAAUUAUGAUUUAGAAAACUUGAAAAUAAAGCUUUCUUUAAUCAUGUUUAUUAUAAACAAUGGAUACGUCAAAAGAUUUUUAUUUCUCACAUUAUUUUUAACACAAUAAGUUAGAAUAUAGUUUAUGGAUGAUUAGUUAGAUGCUUGGAAAAUGGACGUUCAAAAAGUGAUAUUUAUUUUCAUGUACAUAUUGCAUUUAGGUUUUAAUUUUUGAGGUGUAAAUUAGUAAACAACUGAAAAAUUUGUCAUUUGUACAAGUUGGACACAUAUUUGAUAAAUAAGUUUAUUGUUUCUUAAUUUUUUCUUUUGUUGAAUCGAGAUUUUUAAGUGAAAUUACCUCCCCUGGUAUGAUGUUUUGUGAUUUUUACAUUGUGAAAUGUUUUUGAAACUGUGAAAUCACAACUUUAAAUAUAGAUGUAUAUAUAAAAGAUAUUUAUUUGUUAUCCUAUACAGAUUAUACUAUAUUAAAAUUUGAAAAA